CCGCAGCCCCUUCAUAAGGGGCAGAGGCGGCUCCCGGCUCAGGCAGCGCGCUCAGCCCAGCUCUUUGUGCCCUCUGUGCCCGUGCCCGCCGCCAGGAUGAAGCUCUGUGCCGUGCUGCUGCUGGCCGGGCUCGCCAGCCUGGCCACUGCCCGCCCCGUGGAGGAGCCGAGUGCAGAGGGGCUCCUGGCGGAGCUCGGCAACCUGCUGGACCCCGUGGAGCUGCUGGAGCCCAAGGAGGAGCCCCUGGAGCUGCUGGAGCCCAACGAGGAACCUCUGGAGCUGCUGGGGCUGCUGGACCCCAACGAGGAACCCCAUGAGCUGCUGGACCCCAACGAGGAGCCCCUGGAGCUGCUGGAGCCCAACGAGGAACCCCACGAGGAGGAGGAUCCUGAGGUGAGCCCCGAAGAGUCUGAGGAGAGUUCUGAAGAGUCUGAGGAAUCUGAAGAGAGCCCAGAGGAGUCUGAGGAAUCUGAGGAGAGCCCAGAGGAGUCUGAGGAACCUGAAGCCAGCCCAGAGGAGACUGAGGAACCCGAGGAGAGCCCCGAGGAAUCCGAGGAAUCUGAGGAGAGCCCCGAGGAGUCUGAGGAACCUGAAGCCAGCCCAGAGGAGUCCGAGGAUCCCGAAGAGAGCUCUGAGGAAUCAGAGGAUCCUGAAGCGAGCCCAGAGGAGUCUGAGGAAUCUGAGGAGAGCCCUGAGGAGUCCGAGGAGCCCGAAGCACACCCUGAAGAGCCCGAGGAUCCCGAAGCCAGCCCUGAGGAAUCCGAGGAACCUGAAGCAAGCCCUGAAGAGUCCGAGGAAUCUGAGGAGAGCCCCGAGGAGUCUGAGGAACCUGAAGCCAGCCCAGAGGAGUCCGAGGAUCCCGAAGCCAGCCCUGAGGAGUCUGAAGAAUCUGAGGAGAGCCCUGAGGAGUCUGAGGAACCUGAAGCCAGCCCAGAGGAGACUGAGGAACCCGAGGAGAGCCCCGAGGAAUCUGAGGAGAGCCCCGAGGAAUCUGAGGAGAGCCCCGAGGAGUCUGAGGAACCUGAAGCCAGCCCAGAGGAGACUGAGGAACCCGAGGAGAGCCCCGAGGAAUCCGAGGAAUCUGAGGAGAGCCCCGAGGAGUCUGAGGAAUCUGAGGAGAGCCCCGAGGAGUCAGAGGAACCUGAAGAGAACCCUGAGGAAUCAGAAGAUCCCGAGGAGAGCUCAGAGGAGUCCGAGGAUCCCGAAGAGGGCCCCGAGGAGGCAGAGGAGCUCAGCCUGGACCCAGAUGUCCUGGUGGAACUGGCAAACAAACUGAAAGAGGCGCAGGAAAGCGAGAAGAACGAGGGGGUGCUGUCUCAUCUCGUGGACGCGAUUAACUGGCUGGUGACCCACCUGAGCAAUCACCUGUUCGGGUGCGCACGGGGGCUCGGGCUGCGGCCCCGAGGUGAGCAGUGAGCAGCGAGCAGGGCACGGAUCCCGCCGAGCUCCCGGCUCGUCCCGCGGCUUUCCCGGCCCCAGAGACCCCCGCCUUGUCCCCGCUCAUCCCAAAUAAAGCCGAUCCCAAACGCC